GGCUAUGAGCCAACCGUGUAUUACCCCAAGCGCCCCAACAAGCCCCUGUUUGAAGGUUUGACCACCCAGUGCCAGAAGAUGGACAUCCCCUUCCUCCCCGAAUUCCCGGCCGAGCGCUACCACUUCCUCGGGGGCAGGUUCGUACCGGCCGCGCUCCAAAAGAAAUACGCUUUAAACCUGCCACCGUACCCCGAGACGGACUGCGUCCUGCAGCUGACCUAG